AUGAAAUCUCAACCUUUAAAUAAUCGACAAGAUCCAUGGAAAAACUAUGGAUCUACUCCAUUAGUUAGUGAUAGUGUUGAGGUAGAAGAUCGUGAUUAUGUUUUACGAGAUCAUAAAGAUCAUAAAGGAUCAAAUUGGUCUGCUUAUAUUAAUAUCGUAUGUGUUGUUGCAGGAUCAGGAACUCUUGGAAUUCCAUAUGCUAUACAACAAGGAGGAUGGAUAACCAUUUUAUUAUUAAUUCUUUCAGCAACAAUGAAUAUAUAUGCAAACAUCAAAUUAAUUGAAUGUUUAUAUAAGAAUAAUGAAACCCGUCGUAUCUCUAUGUCUCAAGUAGCGAAUGAUGCAUUUGGGAAAAUCGGAUUAGGUUUUGUUGCUUUCUUCUUUAAUUCAUUAAGUAUAGGAUGUCCAAUACUUUAUUUGAUAUUAUCGGGAGAAAAUUUUCAGAUAUUAUUUAAGGAUAAUUUAGGUAUAGAUUUGGGAAUGGAAACCUGGGUUGUUAUCUGUGGGAGUAUCAUGUGCAUUCCUUUUGUGUUACUUAAAUCCAUGAAAGAAACUUCAUGGUUAAGUGUUUUGGGAGCUUUAACAACGGGGAUGGUCGUAUUUGUGGUACUUUUUACUUCGCUUGCGGAUUUACCAAAUAAUCGAGAUAAUGAACAUCAAUUAAUUAAUCUUAAGAAUAUGCCAAUAGCGUUGGCAACCGUAUUUUUUAGUUAUGGUGGAAAUAUCGUAUAUCCUCACAUUGAAGCAAGUAUGGAACAUCCAAAAGAGUGGCCAAAAGUAUUUAGUCUCGCUACUGCAACAAUAACAAUUUUUUAUCUUUUAAUUGGUGUUUCGGCAUAUUUAACAUAUGGAGUUACAACGUUAUCACCUAUUUAUAAAAGUCUUCCACCAGGAUUAGCAUUAUCAACCACUAUUAUCAUGAUCUCAAUACAUAUAUUGUUAGCAUUACCAAUUUAUCAAACAGCUUUUGCACUUGAAAUUGAAGAUUAUCUAUCAAUUAAUAUUACAACCCUAGCUAUUGCUAUACCUUAUUUUGCAAACGUCAUGGCUUUACUUGGUGCACUUGGUAAUGGUGUAUUAUUAAUUGUUAUGCCGAUUUUGAUUUGGAUUAAAUUAUUCGGUUGGAAUUCUCUUAAUGGUUGGAAAGAAAAAUCUUGGGUAAUUUUUGUUUUAAUGUUUGCUAUUUUUGGUGCUAUAGUUGGUACCAUUGAAGCUAUCUCUGCUUUAUAUUCGGAUAUGACCAACAAAGGAUAA